CUGGGAUGUUCCUCGUCUGAAGCUUCCCUGGACUUGAUUCCUGUUGAACGACUUCCUGGUUAUUCACUCGUUAAGAAAUGUUUGGGUUACCUUCUAGACAAAGCAAGCCCAGAGGAUUGAAAUGGCGUUCCUCUGUCUGGUUUGCCACAUUGAUUGUCGGAUACGGUAUAACAGUUGAUGUAAUGGUUUACGCCCUCGUUAUUCCAGUCCUUCCUUUCCAACUUGAGAAGCUCGGAUUCCAUCAUGUUUCAGCGCUGGUGGCAUACUUGCUGCUGGCAUUUUCCGUGACUUUAGUCAUUUUCUCUCCUCUUUUUUCUUGGUUGUCUGAGAAGUACCGCACGAGACGCUCGCCAUUAAUAUGGGGCCUUAUCAGUCUUAUGGGUUUUCUGGUUAUGUUCAUGGAGGCUCCUAAUUAUGCGGUGAUGAUUGUUGCGAGAGGUCUACAGGGAAUUAGUUCUGCCGUCGUUUGGGUUGUUGGCCUCGCAUUACUGGCGGACUGUGUUCCCGAUGCAAAGGUUGGGCAACAACUCGGCUGGGCGAUGUCUGGUAUGCCAAUAGGGGCUUUGGUCGCUCCACCCGUUGCAGGCGUGCUUUAUGACCGCUUCGGAUUUCGCGCCCCUUUCGUCUUUGGGAUCAUCCUCACAGGAGGUGACUUAAUCGGGCGAUUACUACUCAUCGAAAGGAAAGAUGCGCUGAAAUGGAGUUACGAUCCCGCCGAACUUGCUUCUGCAAGUCUCGAAGAACCUGUUGAAGGGCCCCCCGCCCCAACACCUGAGACUGGAUAUCACGCUGAUAAAUCAGAGGGGGAGGGUUCCGAGAGGACUCAAAAGAAAGAGGGAAACGAUAUCAAAGAUUCUUCUAACAACAACCCAUCCCUUAAGUUAUCAGAGUUUCAAGUCUGGAAAUUCAUGCUCAAAUCUCAGCGGACGAUGGUUGCGAUCACCACUGUGCUGGUGUACGGGAUUGUGUUCGCCGGACUUGAACCGACGUUGGCACUGCGAUUGCAGCAUGUCUAUGACUUCAACGCGACAAAAGUUGGUCUGGUCGACCUUGCGAGCGCAGCCGCCGCUAUCUUUGCUUCGCCUAUUUCCGGAUACCUAUCUGAUCGUUUUGGAACGGAAUGGAUCACUAUUUUAUGCAUCCUUUUAACGAUUCCUUGGUAUAUGCUCCUAGUGAUCAAGGGUCACCUUGCGUUCUUCAUCGUCUGCCUCGCAGUUGGCAUGUUUGCAUUGUCAGGUCUUGUCACUCCUCUUAUGGCAGAACUGGCGUCUGUUGUGAGACAAGUAGAUGGCGUUGGUUUUGCACAUGUUUAUGGGUUCUUUAACCUGGCGUAUGGACUCGGUUCAGCAGUUGGUCCGAUCAUAGCUGGACUAGUUUACUCACACUCAAAGAAGGGGUGGCAAAUUCUUCUCGCCUAUGGAUCGGGAUUGCUCCUUUUGUGUAGUAUUCUCAAUUUCUUCUUUGGUGGGGAGCGUCCACUUGCGAGGAGGUGGUUUAGAGGAAAUAAUAAUGCAACCUGACCUGAUAGUCAUAAUUGAAUUUCAUUCCUAUGCAUUCGUAGCAUUACCUAACUAGAUGGCCACCCCAACAGCUCCUGUAUUUUGUAGGCUCGCAGUACAUUCUCUACUCAUGACUUCACACUAUCCCUGCUCUGUUCUACUUUGUUUAAGUUACUAUAAACUUUGGAUUGGAUGUCAAUGUGCUAAUAAUGUGGCAUUACGUAGCUAGAACCCCAUCUCAGUAGUUCUUGCAUUCUGUAGAUUUGUCGCACACACUCCACUCAGGACUUCAUGCUAAC